AUGGACAAUAAAGCCAUCGUUAAAUUCUGUAAAGAGGUAGGGUGUUGCGAUAUAUGCUGCCUGCGUUAUUUAGGGCUUAAGAACCCGGCAACUUACGAAAACUACAAAGAAUACAUACAUAAAUAUACAGAAAGCGGUGUAGAAGUAGAAAAUAAUUCAGAAGAACAACAAAUCACUAGCAAUUCAGUAGACAAUAUAAAUGGCAAUACAGAUGUCAAUGGCUGUGAUGAUGAACCACCGAAAAAGAAAAAGAAGAUAUCGAUAUGCGUAAGCUGUUUUGGUAUACUUCAAGAAGAGAAUUGGUCUGAAUGCUUUAAUAUGGUCAAAGAGACUUUGGAGAAAAAACGUUACGAAUGCUCAACUUUUGCAUGUGCACUCUCUGCUCCGAUCGCUACAUUAUUACGAGAUAAAGCCAUAAUCCUACACCUGAGUGAUGCCUUUAAAGAUUAUAAAGAAGAUACCUUAACACCACUAAAGGAAGCAUGGAAAUGGACUUUUGGUGUCAAACUUGCAGCACAAAUAGGUAUGACACUAGAUUCCGGAGCCAUUUCACCGUUACUGAUUACACUUAAUAUGGAGUAUCCUGAUGAACCACAGGAACUAGAAAUCUUAAAGCAAUUAUCACCAUCAUUGUUCCAAGAGAGACAGAAGCAGAGAAGGAAGUUCACGGUUGAGUUUACCCGGCCAUCAGUAGAACAGGCCAUGGACAAGAUUAGUCUUGAGCAGUUGAAGGGUGUCGAUAAGUGGAAUAAAAUUCCAUCGGUGGACAUUGAAGCUAAGUGUGUCAGUGCUAUGUGCGUGCAUGCCCCUUCUUAUCUGGGGGGUAGGUAUAUAAAAUUAAGCAGAGAGCUUCCGCAAACGCCCUGGCUCAUCAAGGGCAAGAGGAUGAUGGAAUCAUCCGUCCAGGAGAUCAUAUUCGAACCCAUAGCUAAAGUAUUCGACUUGACACCUGAAGAUGUGGAGCACAGAUUGAAGUUCAUGUCGGCUGGACGCGAAGACGUGGACGUGAGGUGUCUCGGUGAUGGUAGACCCUUCGCUAUCGAAAUCACAGACCCGAGAAGAGACCUCACCGGUGACGAGCUGAAGAGGGUCUGCGAGGAGAUUUCGAAAGGUGGCCAAGUGAUCGUUCAGAAACUAAUGCAUGUCUCCAGGAACGAGUUGUCGGAACUUAAAAAGGGGGAAGAGACGAAAUGCAAGACUUACGAAGCUCUGUGCAUAAAGCUCGGGAAUGAGAACCCUGAACCGAAUAUUCUGAAUGGAAAAACGCCUGUCGCCGUCACCGAGGAGGACAUCCGGAGGAUAAACGAGUACAGGAACACCGAGGCAGAGGACGAGGCCAAGAUUGUGGUGAAGCAGAGAACGCCGAUCCGCGUGCUGCACAGGCGCCCGCUGCUCACCAGGACCCGGAGGAUAUAUGACGUAGUGGCCAGGAGGGUGCCUGACUACCCUCAAUUGUUCACCCUCACGAUCCGCACGGAAGCGGGCACGUACGUGAAGGAGUGGUGCCACGGGGAGUUCGGUCGCACCACGCCGAGCCUCCGCGACGCCGCGGGCUUCCGGGCCGACAUACUGGCGCUCGACGUCACCGCGGUGCUGCUCGACUGGCCGCGACCCCAAUAAAUGAUUCGAUGUA